CCAUGGUCUCCCUUUUAUUGAGCGGUCCAACUGGAGAGCAGUUGGUUACCACCCACCAAGAAAUGUGAUGCCCAAGACAUUGGAUGGACAGAUAACCAUGGAGAAGACCCCAAGUUACUUUGUGACAAAUGAGGCUCCCAAGCGUAUUCACUCUAUGGCCAAGGACAUCAAACUCAUUGUGGUGGUACGAAACCCCGUGACCAGGGCCAUUUCUGACUAUACCCAGACACUCUCAAAGAAGCCAGAGAUCCCUACCUUUGAGGUGCUGGCCUUCAAAAACCGGACCCUGGGGCUGAUUGACGCCUCGUGGAGUGCCAUUCGCAUAGGGAUCUAUGCUCUGCACCUGGAGAACUGGCUGCAGUACUUUCCCCUCUCACAGAUCCUGUUUGUCAGUGGUGAGCGACUCAUAGUGGACCCUGCAGGGGAGAUGGCCAAAGUACAGGAUUUCCUAGGCCUCAAGCGUGUUGUGACUGAGAAGCACUUUUACUUCAACAAAACCAAGGGAUUCCCCUGCCUGAAGAAGCCAGAAGACAGCAGUGCCCCAAGAUGUUUGGGCAAGAGCAAGGGUCGGACUCAUCCCCGCAUUGACCCAGAUGUCAUCCACAGACUUCGGAAGUUCUACAAACCCUUCAACAUGAUGUUUUAUCAAAUGACUGGUCAAGAUUUUCAGUGGGAACAGGAAGAGGGUGAUAAGUGAGGCUGGCAGUGUGGAGGGAAGGCUAAUGAAUAUAGCAAGGAUACUCUUUACCAGAGUCCCAAAUCCCACAGGUUCUGAAGCUUCAGCCAUGCUGGAGUGCCAAGUAGAUUGCCAACCUCAUCCAGUCAGAUUACCUCCAAUGUUGUGGGCUUAGACAAAGGUAUAGAUCUCAUGGCAUCCCUGUGAAGGAACCAACUGUAUCUGGUUGACCAGGUGGCCACCAGAAUCCAUGACAAAUACUUAUCUUCUACUAGUUAAUAGAGUCUGAAGACAGGAUAAACAUCUUCCAGUGCCACAGACAUAUGCUAUGAUGUUGAUGAGUAGCAAAAAGAAAGGAGGAAAGGAAAGGAAAGGAAA